AUGCAAAUGGCGAGCACUGUAGAUGCCUCGGGAAACCCAAUACCAUCCUCUUCGGUGUUGAUGGCAUCCUCGAAGCACAUUGGGAUUCGGUGCCACUCCGAGAACUUUGAGUUUCUGAAGUGCAAGAAGAAGGAUCAAAACCCUGAAAAGUGUCUCGAUAAGGGUCGCGACGUUACCCGCUGUGUCCUUGGCCUUUUGAAAGAUCUACACCAAAAGUGCACAAAUGAGAUGAAUGAUUAUGUUGGCUGCAUGUACUACCAUACUAAUGAAUUCGACUUGUGUCGCAAAGAGCAGCAAGCAUUCGAGCAGAAGUGUUCUUUGGAAUGA